UCGUUCUUUGCACAACAGGCUGUUUGGCGUUAAAUGUGCAGAAAAAGAGUCCGGGCGGCAGUGAUACGUGUGCUUGUGUUCACCGUUUAGGUGUGAAACCCAGAGGUGAAAUUAUAUAUAUAUAUAUCUCCAGUGAUCAGUUGUUUACAUCGGUGGCGUAAAAUAGCGUUUAUGUUAUAGGCUGCAUUUGUACAAAUAUGGACGUGCAAUUAGUCGUUCUGAUCUAACAACCUGCACGUUGAGUUACUGAGCGACGCCCACCCAGCCAUUGACUCUUCCUCUGCUCAUUCUGAUUAGGCUCCUGGUGGUUUGUUCCUUCUGUGAUCUGAGGAAGUCAAGCAGCACUAUUACCCUAUAAUGGAUUCGUCUGUAUCUGUUGAUGAUAAACAUGUUCAGAAUACGGAGAGCCUUUGCAAUGAGGAGGAGAUUGAAUUUGUCAGUGAGGGCCCAUUACGACCUGUCCUGGAAUGUAUUGAUUUAAAUAGUAGUGAUGAAGAUUCAAAGAGUUCUUUUGUUAUUAGAAAAGUGAAGGACCAUGUUGACCGUCAGAAGGACAGAGUGGCUUCAACUCUUGAUCGUCUUGCACUACAUGUUGAGGUAGAGAAAAAAAAUAAAGCAGAGAAAAAUAAAGCAUUUCAGGAAAAACUGCACGGCCAACAUGCUCAUGGUCUUCAAGAGCUGGAAUGCAUUAAAGGGCUGCCUGGCACAGAUGCAGCAAGAAUAUGUGUUAAUCAAUGGCUCAAAAUGCCAGGGCCCAAGCCAGGGGUAGUCUGUUCAAGCCGAAGAAAUAUGAAUCGUUCUCAUGACCAAAGUCCUGUGAUAAACACACCCAUCAUGUGUCCUAUUGUCCACUGCUACAGAAAAUAUGAUAAUGGUCAGCUGCUCUUAGGACAUCUAAAAAGGUUUGAUCAUUCUCCAUGCGACCCAACUAUUCAUCUUCACGGAGCUCCUGCAAAUUCCUAUGCCUGUAUUGUUUGUCUCCAGCGUUUUAAUACCCGUGAUAAAUAUGACGAUCAUGUGACGGCAAAGGCCCGACUGGCUGAUGGCCAUGAGAAUAAUAUUCGUCCUCAGGUUAUCAAUAGUUUUGCGUGUCCCUUGUGUUUUCUACUUUUUAACCUAAGAGAUGAGUGUCUACAGCACAUGUCUGACAGCAAUCACUUCUUGCAAGCUAUCCAAAAAGAUGAUAAAGGCAUACCAUGUCCAGUACCCUUUCCACUGUAUGUAAAAAAUGUUUUGAUUGCUCUGUGUAAGGACAUUCCAUUCCAGGUUAAAUGUUCAUCCUGCAAUCAAGAACUACGUUCACACACAGAGCUUUCUGCUCAUUUUAGAACACGGUGCCGUAAUGCUCAUCCUGUGGCUUAUUCAGAACAAAGCAUAGCUGAGGUAGUGGCAGUGUUUCUAAUGGAAGCCUACUGUCUGUCAUGUAGAAAAAUGUUAAAAAGUGACAUGCACAUUGCUAAGCAUGCCCAGAGAACUGGCCACAAAGCCAAAUUAAUAACAAGCCUAGAAGAAUCAAUUAUGGCAUUUUGUUACAUCAAUGAAGGAAUCAAAACUCCAUCUGAUCUGUGUUUAUCUGCAUGUAAUGCAAGAUUAAAACCUAAUAUGCUUAAAAGGACUAUAAAUAACAAUGUUCAGAUGAGAACAGACUUCUUUAUAAAUGUAGGAAAAAACACCAUUAAAGAUUCUCCUACAAAGAGGCAAAAACAAACCAGAGAUCUUGGUAUUAGUGGGACUGUGUGGUUCUGUGAGUGCUUGCAAAAAUGUUCAACUGAGAAAGAUGCUGAGAAGCACAUAAUGAUGUCUAAUGGGAUUUGUCACAAAUGUUUGGUGUGUAAUAAGCUGGCUAAUGAUUUGAGUGUCAUUCGGUUGCACAUGAGCCGCUUCCAUGGAGGUGCUCAUUUAAAUAGUUUUAUUUUUUGGUGCAAAGGCUGUCGUGCUGAGCUGCCUAGAACUGAGAAUAUGAUGGCACAUGUAUGUGAAUGUCACAAAGGUCAUUCAUACUAUUUUGAGCAGGAAACAUGGGACAAUGAACCCUCCACAUCAACACAAAUAUGCAGUCCAUCGCAACAGGUUGUCUCCGAAACAUCUUCCACAGCCCCAGAAACUACUGCCGGACACUGGCAAUGCCAUAUAUGCGAAGAGAUGUUUGAUUCUGAAGAUAGUGUUAGGCAACACUGUAAUAAUAUAAGUAUUCAUCAGUUUCACAAAUUCUCAUGUGACAUCUGCAAAAACCGGUUUCACAAAGUAGAAACACUAUUCCGACAUAGUCAGCAUCAACACGAUGGAGAGAUAAAUAUGAAAUAUGUUUGCGGGCUAUGUGAUCUGUACUUUGAAGAUGAAAAAGACUUCCAUGGGCACUAUAAUGGUUUGCAUAGUUCUGAAUAUGGAUUUGUGCCAGAACAAAUGCAGUCUCUUGUAAAGAAUGAAGAACAGUCCUUUUCCAAUCCAAAACCAAACGAAGACUGCUUAACCUGUGGUUGUUUAGAAAAUUAUUCAAGCAAAGCACAGAGAGAGGAAGCCAACCGUCUUUGCUUGGCACGAUUGCUACAAAAAGGAAGUCUUUGGUACAGCUGCAGUAACUGUUCAGCAACAGGGCAGACAUAUGACAGCUUAAAGAUCCAUGAUUGCACUAAAAGCCCUCAGCCACUUGCCAUUGAUUGUGUUGUCAAGUGCAGCUGUUGUUCCACAUCAUUUAAAGAUCCCACAAGUGCUCUGCAGCACUAUCAUACUACACACUGCUUCCUUCAAAAGCCUAAUAUUAAACAAUUUAAAUCCUUGGAUUCACAAAAGGAGGUCUUUGAAUUUAUGGCCAGCGGAGCAUGUGCUAAGGCAAAACAUGGAAAAUCUGUAACCCUCCCUGCGCCCAAACUGCAUGGUGAGACUCCAAAUAGGUGUCCAAUCGAAAUGGAACUUUCCAAGCCUGUAUCCUGUGAUGCUGAGAACAAAAAAACUGGAGAAGACACACAAUCUGGGAAAAUUGAUAUAGAGGAAGAAUCAGACGAGCUGCCUGACUUGGACUUUCUCUGUACCAUGACACACAUUGUGUUUGUUGAUUUGGAUAACUGGGCUCAGUUCUUCUCACAUUUGCCGGGAUACCUUAAUCAGGGAAUAUUUGUCUGGGGCUUUCAAGGAGGUAAGAGCAACUGGAAGCGCCCCGUGAACUGCAAAGUCUUCAAUUACCUAUCCAACACUGGUUCGUUCUUCCUUCAUCCCCAUUGUAGUGAUAGCAAGGAUGCAGCUGAUUUUGCUAUAUGCAUGCAUGCAGGACGUUUAGAUGAGCAGCUUCCAAAGCAAAUUCCAUUUACCAUUCUCUCAGGUGAUAAAGGCUUUCUGGAACUUGAGAGCCAGUUUAAAAAAACUCAGCGGUCCACUCACAUUCUGAAUCCCCACCACUUAGAGGGAGAUAUGAUGUGUGCACUUCUAAACAGCAUAUCUGAUACAACGCAAGAUGCAAACGAUGAUACAGAAGAUGAAUUAGCAGAACUGGAUGAAGAUGCCAAUUUGAAUGAAGCUAUCAAAAGAAGUAUGACAGAGAUGUAAAGAAGGGCUAAAUACAUUAACUUGAAAUAGAGCUGCAAUUCCCUUAGUUUAAUAUGGAGCAUCUGUUAAUGGUAUAUUCCAGAUAUUAGAUUAACUAGCCCUUAAUUUUUUUUUAUUUUGUAUGAAGAAUGUCCUGACUCUGGUAACAAUUUCCUACUUCUUUGUUUCUAUCUUUCUGUAACAACUUCUAUUAAAUAUGUUUGCAUUAAUCAUUGCUGCUGGAUUAGUUUUGCUUAAUUUUUCCUGAUUCGAUUGACAUCUGUGAUCUUUUUUUUUUUUUUUUUUUUUAAUUUGUAAAAAUCGUAAUUGUCCUGAAUUGUCUCUGCAGGGGGACAUUGCUUGUCCAGGCUUUUGUCUUUUAUUUUACUUAUCUAUGUUUACAUAAAUGAUAUGCAUUUAAAAAAUAAAUUUAUUUUGAAGAAUAUUAAAA